GCCGAAAAAAUUUAAUUAAAAAAAAUUGUCUGUAUAUCAUUUACCUGUCAAUUUUUAUUCAGUAAAAAACUUGAAAAAAUUCCAUAAUUCGAUAUGAAAACUGAAAAGCUUUAUUUCGACUACCUGGACAAACUGGAUAACAAAUCGAUACCGGGUUCGGGUGUCAGUCUUUUUACAGCCCAGAUUUCUUCGUCUUAAUAUACGAUUUGACGUUCAGCUUAUAAAAGACAUCCAUUAAAUCCCCUUUUUCAAAUCUGAUAAACUCUCACUGAAAAUUACUUCUUACUGAAAACUGCUUCAGCAUUGUAGUUUUUAUUUCAUUUGAUUGUCUGAAGAUCGACUUUUUGACGCAUUUAUCAUAUUUUAGAACGACUCGCAAAAGCAAUUAAUUAUCCAAACUGACAACGCUUAAAAAUCACGACCUUACUUCGCAGUCACUAACUUGCAAUCAAUUGUUAUUAACUUCCCAAACAGAAACUAAAGCGCUCCAGGAACCAAAAAUGGAGCCAAUUGAAAACGAAGAACCAUCGCUCGUAAUCAGCAGCCAACCACCCACCCAUCCUCAAAUAGUGAGACCAAAAGCAGUAAGUCUGCAGGAGAAGAGAGAUGAGAAGAUAAAGUGGGAGAAGACGAAGAAAGAGAAGGGACUGGCCAAGUUGUCUGAGAAGCGGUUCAGUCUGAUCGGAGACCCGUCGGCCUCCAGGCACUUCCUGUCACUCAACAGGAAGAACUACGACUUUGAUGGAAAGUUGACAGACUUGAAGCUACACAUGCUCAACCGAAGGUCAUCUUGUACCGCGCUUCCCGGAAUCACAGAAUCCAGGAUAGAGGAGCUAUCGGAAGACGAAGGGUCAGUUGAAGACCAGCCCUCCUUUCUAGAGGUCACUACAAGAGGUCAAGAGAGGUCACACUCGUUCUGUGGCGCCGAAUCCAGAAGAUUCCAGAACUUUAUGGAAAUGGGUGCGAAAAAGCAAACGGAAAAAAUAAGGAUCGAGAAAAAUGAGGGAACCUCAUUUAAUGCUAUCGGUUUUGAGCUCGACGUUUCCCAAAACUCAUCAAUGACGACGAAAAGUGGUCACCCAAAUUGUUAAUUUAUUCUGGGAUCUCAAUGAUCUUGUAGUUAAAACUUCACCCAGUACUGCAAAAACAGUUCGGGAAAUGCUGGCAAGGUAUAUAUUUUAUGUGCUUGAAAAUCU